AUGCGUGUUGAAGAGGAGAACACUGCUACGCUUAAGAAGUGGAUCAUUAAGCGUUUAGAGGAUAUAUCUGAUGCCGACUCCGAUGUCCUUGCAGACUAUGUUCUGGCUCUGGUCAAGUCCGAAGAACCAGAUGAUCAAGUCAGACAGAAUUGUUUGGAGAACCUCGAAGAUUUCCUACACGAUCACACCGCAACGUUCGUGAACGAUGUUCUCUCCGCGAUUCGCACUCAAUCAUACAAUCCCGAAGCCCAACCUCCCUCGACUCUCUCCGCAUCUGCCGCUGAAUUCAACCCCCCCGCUGGCCCCUCGGGUGUUCAAAACCGCCCCGCCUCCGACCCCUUCCAAAACGGUCACAAACUUCCUGACUCUCGUAAACGCGCGUUUGGCGACCGCGAAGGCAGCAUACCCCGCGAUGGCCGAGAUCCACAUUACCACCGCAAUGGCGACCGCAAUAUCAAGCAGCUCCGGCGAGGUGGCUUCCGUGGCAAUCUCGCCGCUGGAGGCGAUGGACGUGGGCGAUUUAGCAAUCAACGUGGGCAAAUCGGUCAUUUAGGAAAUCCAGCGAUGCAAGGAAUGCCGCCCGGUAUGCAGCUGCCGGGAAUGCCGUUGUUGCCUACUCCGCCAGGCUUUCCGCAGUUUGAUCCCAACAACCCGCUUUCGGCGAUGAUGGCGAUGCAGGCGUUGACGUUUGCUGGUAUGCAACAACAGGGUGCACCCAACCCAUUGGGCCAGGGGCAAUUUGGUCAACUGGCACAAAUACAGAAAAAGGGGAGGUGUAGGGAGUUCGACCAGAAAGGGUUUUGCACGUUAGGAAGCUCAUGUUCGUAUGAGCACGUUGACAAGGGAGCUGAUGAGUAUGAUCCAACAAACGCAUCUAUAGUGACUAACACUCACCGCCCGAACGGCACUACCUCAACUCGGGGUCAGCAUGGUGGAAGAGGUCGAGGGCGAGGCGAUAAGCAAGGACGAGGACGUGCUCCUUUCUCCUCCGUUGGCCCCAAUUAUGAUCAAACCGUCACGACUAUUGUCGUUGAGCAAAUCCCUGAAGAGAAAUUCACCGAAGAGGCCGUCCGGUCAUUCUUCUCUGAAUAUGGCGCGGUGGAAUCCAUCGACAUGCAACCUUACAAGCGCCUCGCACUUGUCAAGUUCUCCGAUUUCGCCUCCGCUCUCCAAGCAUAUCAAUCUCCCAAAAGCGUCUUCGAUAACCGCUUCGUGAAAGUAUAUUGGUACAAACCUGAUGACGUUGGAAUCAAUGGAACGAAGGACAGCCGUCGAAGUUACCCGGAUGAAAUGGUAAUCGACGCUACCGACAUCGCCGAGAAACAAGCUGAGGCGCAGAGAGCACAUGAAGAGAAGUUGAAGAAACUAGAAGAGGCGAAAGUACAGCGUGAGGAGCUCGACCGGAAACUCCGUGCCCAGGAAGAAGAACGAAAGAAGCUCCUCGCAAAACUAGAAGCGAAGGCUGCUGCUACAGGAACUCCCGCACCAGAAGGCAGCACAGAGAAGAAAGCUGAUGCGUCCACCGAUGGCGUUGAGGAUAUGCCCAGGGUUACAAAUACUGAGACCGAGGCUCUCCGUGCGAAACUUAAGGAACUUGAGGCCGAAGCUACAAGCAUGGGCAUCGACCCCGAGUUGUCUAUGAGUAGCCCAUUCGGCUUCGGUCGCGGGGGCCCCUCAUUUAGAGGGCGUGGGCCACGAGGUGGCGGCGGUUAUGCUCCGCGAGGCAGGGGUUACGACCCAUACCGCGGCAAUUGGAGAGGCGCAGGACGAGGAUAUGCGGCGCCGACAUACGGAGCGCCCCGCGGAGGGGUUCGACGACUUGACAAUCGAACUAGAAAAGUUGCUGUCGCUGGAGUGGAAUAUGGAACCGAGGGGGAUGAGGCUCUGCGAUCGUAUUUGUUCAACAAUUACGAGGUGGACAGCAUCGAGAAACAUCCAGAGAAGGCGGAUGCACAAGUUGUGACGUUCAAGGAGAGAUAUGUUGCGGAACAGUUCAUCGCUGCCGGGUCCACGACUUCCAUUACCAGUCUCGGUAAGCUGGAUCUCUCCUGGGUCCAACAAACCUUCCCACCUCCCACUUCUGCGCCACAAAGUACAGCCGAUUCCGGUCUUCCUCGAUCCGGUGCCAACCAGGUCUCCGAGACUACGAACGGGGAUUCUGGGAAGGACAAGGAGUUGGAUAUGCCAGACUUGGAGUCUGCAGCCGCUGCGGUGGAUGCGGUGGUAGGGAGAUCAGAGGAAUAUGAUCCAGAUAUCGCGGAUGAUACGGAUCGGUGGAUGUCGUAG